CGCGAGCCGUACACGUUCAUCGCCGCACGCUGUUACACUUAAAUUGUUGAACAUGAGUACCACGAGACUCAAACAGCAUUCGAACCUCGUUCAUUAUCACUUACAAAUUUACUAACCGCCAUUGACUGCUUUCAUUAUUUCCAAAUAAAUAUUUUUUUUUUUUUUUGAAAAAGUUUUUGAUUCGAAACUAAAGUAGUGCAAUUUAUUUAUUUUUUAUUUGUGAUUGAAGUUGAAUGCCUUGGAGCGAAAAACAAGAUUGAGAGAGAGAUAGAGGCUGAGAUAAAGGAAAAGAAUAAAAGUAAAAUGAAUAAGAAGAAGCAGUAGUACGAAAGAUUGUCGAUUAAGGUCAAUCGAAGUUGAUAGCUGCUCCAGGCAAAUCUCCAAGAAACAUUCAAGAGGCUCUAUCGGAUUUAAUGAUAGCAGUUGAUCUGCUCACUUAUGCGACUGCACACUAAAAAUUAUCAUCUUAUUUUAAGUGACUAAGUGACUGGGGUUAUAAAAGUCAAGUGUCUAAUAGGAAAAAAAAGUAAAAAUUUUUCUCUUAAGGUGGGGAAUUUAUUUAUCAACUAUUUGGUGAUCGAUAAGACGUUAAAUUAUGCUGUGAGUGAUAAAAAUUAAAAUUUGAAGCGCAGGUAUUUGGUUUUCGAUAUAUGAAAAUAUGAUGAUUAGGAAAAUAUUUUUGGUGUAAGGGGUAGUUAUAUGGAGAUUGAGAUGCAGUGCGAUGGGUGACGACGCCUCGAGCCCUAUUGAAAUUUUAUGACGAGACGUAAAAAAAAGAAGAGACGACGCAAGCUCUGAGAGAUGUAACAAGUUACUGGUUUAUAGGCGUCACCCUAGUGUGACUCGUCGUCAGAUCAUCGCCACGGAUAUUAAUCACUUGCUCUACAUUCUCUUUAUCCGAGUUGCUGAUUAUAAUAUUUUAUAUAAGUCAUUCAAAAUAUAACUUUUGUGGUUACGCGAGUUACUUAAGAGGAAGCUGAAUCUAUCAAGUCAACACUACCGUUACAGAUACCCUCAGUAGACGACACUUGCCAGCUCGAUACCAGUCGCCAGAAUACCGGAAACAAAGCUAACAGCUAAAUUGGAUAAAAAUGAAGAGCAAAAACGGAAAACUGUGGGCCAAGCAGUCCAAGAUUUCGUGAUCGCAAUUUAUCAGGACGAAUUGAAUUUCCCCCUAUUUCUAGGCUACGAAUAUACUGAAGAAAUAAGCAAACAAACAAACAAACAAAAAUUGCAAACAAUAAAUCAUUAAAGAAGAUAUGGGAACGCGUUUAGCCAGCAGUUAUUCCAUUACCGAUGGGGGGAAUUCAUCUUACGAGCACCUAAACUUUUCGAUUGACGCAUCAGCAACGCUGGUGGGGACUGCGUCAACAAAAGUGAUAACAACGCUAGCCGAUUUCCGCGGCAAUCAAGUCGACGGAGAAGGAACCGGAUUAGGAGGAAUCGAGUUCGGUUGGAGCAAUGAUUCAACAAUAAUCAGCUCGACUGCCAGCAAUACUACGAUAAAUAUCGGAGCUGGUGGAGUCGGGAGUGGUAUUGGAGCUGGUAGUAAUUUAAGUAGCUCGAUAGCGGACAACUAUACGUCAAUAUCGGAUCUCUUCGUAUUCAACGAUCUCAAUGACUACAUAAACAGGCUCAAUUACAGUGCGUUUGCGAACUUGAGUGGGUACUACGACGGUGGUGUGAUUGGUGGUCUGAAUCUGACUGGCACAGUAAACGCCAGUUGUGUGUCUAUCAAUCAAACAACCAGCGGCAACGGUGUUGUCUCGGUCGGUGGUGAGUGCAGUGUCAAUGAAGAUGAAAAGUCCGAUGUUAAUAAUUGGUGGGCUCUAAUUCUCGUUAUCGUACCUUGUUUAACAUUGUUUGGCAAUGUCCUCGUCAUACUCGCGGUCUUCAGAGAACGAACCUUGCAAACUGUUACCAAUUACUUCAUUGUUAGUCUAGCUCUCGCCGAUUUACUUGUCGCGGUUGUGGUUAUGCCUUUUGCUGUUUACGUUUUGGUAAAUGGCGCAUGGGCAUUAUCAGCAUUUAUAUGUGACUUUUAUAUAGCAAUGGAUGUAACAUGUAGCACAAGUUCAAUAUUUAAUUUAGUAGCAAUUUCAAUUGACAGGUACAUAGCUGUCACACAGCCAAUAAAAUAUGCCAAACACAAAAACAAUAGAAGAGUAUGGAUGACUAUUUUGCUAGUAUGGGCAAUUUCAGCAGCAAUCGGCAGCCCGAUCGUUCUCGGCCUAAAUAAUACUCCAGAUCGUGUGCCGGAUCUGUGUUUAUUCUAUAACUCUGAUUUUAUCUUAUACUCAAGUCUAUCGAGCUUUUAUAUUCCUUGUAUUAUUAUGGUCUUCUUGUAUUGGAAUAUUUUCAAGGCACUUCGAAUACGUGCAGCCAGAGCACGAGCUCACAAAAAAUCUAAUUUACGAGAUAUCAAACCAAAUAGCAUAAUUGAAAACGUAAUACACACCCAACGUGUUUAUUCUGUCGCAAGGUUUGCUGAAACGGCACUGGGAACAGCCACUCUAGUGGCGCCGGUACACGAAGAGCCGACAAAUACAGCCUCCGGUAGCAAUGAGGACGAGGACGAGACGCCAGUUGACCCGGUGGUUGUCAUAUCAAAUGACAAGAGUACUGAAUUUUUUAUGGCGACUGUCGUCGAGGAAGCUGCGGUCGUUGCAAAGGCCCAUUUGUCGGGUUCAAAUUCAGCUAAAAAUAUGACAAAUUUGUGUCUGGAGGAUGGGAUGAGUAGCACGCAGCUGCACGACACAAUAGACACAAAUUCAAGUCCUAGUCCAAACCCGAGAAUAACCUCGGCGCCGUCCUCUUCUACCUCGUCCUCGCCCCCGCCGAGAAGUGCUACACAGAUAAAAAAAAGCACCAAUGGAGUUAACAAGCAGGGGCUGAAGAAAUUGAAGAGCACUGGGUCACUGCUGCCAGCCCCAUUCAAACGUAGUCCUAGUGUCCUUAAUGUCGGUACCGGAGGAGCUGGAACUGCCGUAGGAAGGAGUGGAGAGCCAAAAAAAGAUAAGAAAGUUACUGACGGGAGCUCGAGGUUCACGAUAUAUAAGGCCAAUAAAGCGAGCAAGAAGAAGAGAGAGAAAAGUUCCGUUAAGAAGGAAAGGAAAGCUACCAAAACAUUGGCCAUCGUCCUCGGAGUAUUUCUAAUAUGCUGGGUACCAUUUUUCACUUGUAACGUAAUGGACGCCCUCUGCUCUAAACUAAAAAUGGACUGUCAACCCGGCGUAACAGCUUUCAUCGUCACGUCUUGGCUGGGCUAUAUGAACAGCUUCGUAAAUCCCGUGAUCUACACGGUCUUCAAUCCCGAAUUUCGCAAAGCGUUCCGUAAACUUAUGAAAAUUUAAAAUAUUAAUACACAGCAAACAUCAAAGUUUAGAAAAUCAAAAGUCUUUUGUAUCUUUUUCUUAUAACUACACUCGAAAUUUUCUUGGUUAAUAAAAUUUAUUUCCUCAGAUUUCUGGGUAAAAACAUUAAGAGCCAAAAUAAUGUUCAAAUUUUUUCGCGGCCAAAAAUGGACUAUAAUUAGGCCAAUUUUCGGCCUUUUCCAAUAAAAUUCUGGUUUCGGCGUAAUUUCGGCCAGAUUUAACUUUUUUGGCCAAAUAUUUUUACCCGGGGUUCAAAGGUUCAAAAAAAUGAUUGUAAUCAAAAGUAAGGACAUCAAAAAAAUAAAUAAAUAUGUACUUUAUUUUUUGAAACUCGAAUGACCUUACAAUACAUCCGAUUGAAAGUAUUAUAAAAAAAACAUAUAUAAAUAAAUGAAUACAAUUUUAUACGUAUUUAAUAGAUACUGCAUUUGAUUGAGUGGAAGUAUUUCUGUCGAGAUCAACAGAAUAUUUAAUAUUUUAUUUGAAAUAUCAGAAAUUUCCAUAACCGUUCAAUAUCACUGGCUAGAUAAAUUUCGAAUUAACUGUCAUUGAACCGAUUAAUUAAUAAAUAAAUAUUUAUAUACAUGACUAUGGGAGAGCCGGGAAAAAAUAAGAUAAAUUUAAGCUCAAGAGCGUGGAAAAGAAUUUUUAUCAUCAAAGUUUUUAGCUAAACCAUUUCCCGGCACCUCUAUCGUCGGAGUAAGCCACGACAGUAUUAAAAAAAAAAUAAAGCAAAUGCGAAAAAAGAUUUAUAUUUAUGUCAUAAGUUUGGAAAUUUUAGAUAAUUUGGAACCUAUAGAUUUAUAGAUUUUUUUCUAAUUUAAUGACUGGGAAAAAAUUAGUUCAAGUAAAUUUAUUGCUCUGGAGCAGAGGCUGGGGCACGAUGGCCAACUCUUAAAAUUUGGUAAAAAAAAAAAAGAAUAUUUUUUGUCAAAAUUUCGUUUGUAAUUUAUAGUUUUUAAGAUAUUUUGGACAAAUACUAAGUGUUCGAGAUAAAAUAAGACACAAAAAUUUGACGUACUAAAUUUUUUUUAUCAAAAAUUUGUAUAUUUUAAGUAAAUAAUUUGGCCCUGGCCUUUUUUCAUUAAAAAUUAAUAUAUUUUUCUAUUAAUAAUUAGAUUGGCCAUUUAUCAAAAAGUGAUUAAUUAAAAUACUUUUAUUUGUACAUAAAAAAAAUCACCAAUUGAAAUUCCAAAUUAAUAAUCUUAUCCCGAUGAAAAAAGAUUUUAUACAAUUGUAUAAAAUUAUAUACAAAA